AUGCCUCUUAAAGGUACUGCUGAUCCCUGCGCGGAGAGGUUGCCAGAUGCGGGUUCGAAGAAGAAACGCGAAGCUUCCAAGACAGCUGCCUACUUGGAUCUCGCCAAGGCCAAGCUUUCUGCUUUGGUCGUGACAACUACAGCGGCUGGCUUUGUAGCAGCAGGUGGACCGCUCAGUGAACAAGCAGCGCUCGCCGGGUGUUGCAUCGUGGGCACAGCACUAUGUUCAUCCUCGGCAGCUGCAAUGAAUCAAAUAUUUGAAAUUGAUCGUGAUUCCAAAAUGAAACGAACCCAGAAACGUCCUUUGGUGGUAAAUACUCUUAGUGUUCAAGAGGCCAAAACGGCGGCUGCGGUUUGGGGUAUUUCGGGAACUUCUAUCCUUGCUUUUGGAACUGAUCCAGUAACAGCCUCUUUGGGUUUGGCGAAUAUUGGUCUGUAUGCUGGACUUUAUACCUACAUGAAACCGAGAUCAAUCUACAACACCUGGGUUGGGGCAGUAGUUGGAGCGAUACCACCCGUAAUGGGCUGGACAGCUGCUACUGGUGGCUCUCUGCUGGAUUUGGAUGCCAUGAUUCUUGGUACUACUCUAUACUUGUGGCAGAUGCCACAUUUUUUUGCUCUCAGCUACAUGCACCGAGUCGAUUACAAGCGAGGUGGAUUUGCCAUGCUUCCUGUGCUGGAAUCAGAUGGUGAACGAACGUCUCAAGUUAUUCUUCGCUACGCUGCCUACCUCUCGACGGUCCCAUUGAUUGCCACAGCCUGCGAUGUUACCAGCAGCAUGUUUGCUUUGGAAGGGAUUGCAUUGAACUCGUAUGCUCUCUAUGUUGCCAACAACUUCAGACAAGAGCGUACCAAUGCAAACGCAAGGAAGGUGUUCUUGACGUCGCUCUGGUAUCUUCCUACUUGGCUCGUCCUGUUCUUGAUCCAUUCCAAGGUGUGGGACGAAGAAAAAGACCGUGACGUUGUCCGAGACAAACUUUCAGCUGCCAUUCAUGCAGUCCGUGAACAAGGAAAGCAGGCAUGUAUCCACGAGCAUGUAGUUGCCAAUAACUCUUCCGCGUCGGGAGAGGAGGCGUGCCCAGUCACUCUUUCUAAGAAUAUUACUAAGGGUGUGAUUGCUGGUGCCGCAACUUCCACUGUCCAGACUGUUCAAGGAGCGGGCUCCAAGAAGGAAAUGUAG